CACAGUUCACCAUCUAGUCGACACCAAACUGCAAAGUUUAAUCCGACCAAACAACAAUGAAGACUGUAAUGAUCCUGUUCGCUGUGCUGGCCUGCAUUAUGGCCGAAGAGAAGAUGGUGAAUCUGGCUGCCAAAGACCCUAAAGUCCUUCAGGCUCUGUUCAAAAACUUCCAGCACUCUGAAGACCGACACUACGCUAACGCUGGAGAGGCUAGACUGAGGCUCAAGAACUUCAGGAAGUUUGUUGGCAAGAUGGCUGAAGCCAACGAUGAACCCGACGGAGUUGACUAUGGAGUUACCUUCUUUGCUGAUCUGACAGAAGCUGAAUCCCAGCAAUACUACGGAUUCGCCAACAAAACCCAUGGCGCCGUGGAGGAGGAACUAGAGGCACCAGCACCUGAGGAGCCAGCUGGCCUGACUGCAUGGGGAUCCUCUGCUAACCACAGGGGCAGAUACAACAAUGCUAAACACCAGGGAAGUUGUGGCAGUUGCUGGGCUUUCACCACCAUUGGCAUGCUCGAGGGAUGGUCUCAAAUCAAAACUGGACGCAAAUACCACCUAUCUGAACAGCAAGUUCUCGAUUGUUCGGGAAGGAGCAACGACUGUGGUGGUGGCUGGUACUACGAAGCUUUGGGAUACAUCAAGAACAACAGACAUCUUGCAGCAAGCAACGACUACAGGUACCAAACACGCAAGGGCUCCUGCAGACGGACCAGCUAUAAAAACAGUCUACCCUUCUCCAUCACUGGAGUCUACAAGGCCCGGGGUGAUGCGGACAUGGCUGCUCGACUCAACAGCGGUCCUCUCGGAGUUGCCAUGGACUUCAGGAACAUCAAGAUUAGGGGAUAUUACAGCGGAAUAUGGACCAACACUAACUGCAGACAGUGGCCCAACCACGCCAUCACACUGGUAGGAUACGCCAGCAACUACUGGGACAUCAGGAACAGUUGGGGUACUGGAUGGGGAGAUCGUGGUUACUUCAAGAUUACCCGAAGUGUCCAGAAUGUUUGCAUGAUUGCCAGCAAUCCUUACUUCAUCACCGCUUCAGGCAGCAGUGGAGAAGAAAAAGAAGAAUAGAUAUUCGGCAGAUGUCUUUGAUAAUUCAUAACCAUAUCUUUAAAUUUUUUCAAACAUAAAUGAUGCACUA